AGCAUUCAAGAGACUUGGGAUACAGAUGUCAUUAUCACAAACCUCAACCCCAUUUCUGCAAUUCCAUUGAAACCUUCCCACCUUCUUAGUUGUUACACCCCCACUUCUUCUUCUUCCACUUGCACCACCUACUCACUCACACUCCUUUGAGUCCUUUCACUCACACACCCAAAGUGGUGUAACAACAAGAACAAGAACCUCACCACUCACUGUUGUGAAAGCUACUUGCUUUUUUCAAAUGGGGACCCGAAUUCCUUCACACCAGCUCAGCAGUGGCCUCUAUGUCUCGGGUCGACCCGAACAGCUCAAGGAGCGCCAGCCGACAAUGAUGUCACGCUCAGUUCCGUACACCGGCGGCGACCCCAAGAAAUCCGGCGAGCUCGGAAAAAUGCUCGACAUCCCUGGCGUUGAUAUCAAACCUUCGCGUCCCUCUUCUUCCUCUCAGCACAACAGCGGGUCAGUGAGAUCCGGACCCAAUUCGGGUCCAGCAGGAAGGACAAGCGGUUCGGGUCCCAUGUCGAGGAAAUCAUCCGGGUCCGGCCCGAUAGCUCUGCAUCCCACGGGUCUCAUAACGUCGGGUCCGGUAGGAUCCGGCCCGAUUGGGGUUUCGGGUGGUGGUGGGAGGAGGUCGGGUCAGCUGGAGCAAUCCGGGUCGGUGGGGAAGGCGGUGUAUGGGUCGGCGGUGACGAGCCUGGGUGAGGAGGUGAAGGUGGGGUUUAGGGUGUCGAGGGCGGUGGUGUGGGUGUUUAUGGUGGUGGUGGCAAUGAGUUUGCUUGUUGGGGUGUUUCUGAUGGUGGCAGUGAAGAAAGCGGUGAUCUUGGUGGCUCUGGGGGCGAUUAUCGUGCCGGUUGUGGUUUUGAUCACUUGGAACUGUGUUUGGGGAAGACAAGGGCUUUUAGGGUUUGUCAAGAGGUACCCUGAUGCUGAGCUUAGAGGUGCCAUUGAUGGACAGUACGUCAAGGUUACUGGGGUUGUAACCUGUGGCAGUAUUCCUUUGGAGUCAUCCUACCAAAGAGUACCUAGAUGUGUAUAUGUCUCCACAGAAUUAUAUGAAUAUAAAGGAUUGGGCGGGAAAUCAGCGAAUCCUAAACACCGUUGCUUCUCUUGGGGUUCUAGAUACUCUGAGAAAUACGUAGCAGACUUCUACAUAUCAGACUUCCAGUCUGGAUUAAGAGCAUUAGUGAAAGCAGGAUUUGGUGCCAAGGUUGCUCCUUUCGUGGAACCAACUACUGUAAUGGAAGUAACAAAGGAUAACAGAGAGUUAUCUCCAAAUUUCUUAGGCUGGCUUGCGGACCGCAAACUCUCUAUUGAUGAUCGGAUAAUGCGCCUAAAGGAAGGGUACAUCAAAGAAGGUUGUACUGUAAGUGUGAUGGGAGUUGUUCGUAGGCAUGAUAAUGUGCUCAUGAUUGUUCCUUCUGCUGAGCCUGUCUCAACAGGCUGUCAAUGGAUCCGCUGCCUUUUGCCAACCUACGUUGAAGGCCUUAUAUUGACAUGUGAGGAUAAUCAAAAUGCUGAUGUCAUUCCUGUUUAGUAUCUUCUCUUAGCCUGGAAAUCAGUGUCACAAUACACAAAUGGCAGAAACUGAUGGGGAAAUCCUUACACUACAGAAUCAGAGUGUUUUCCACUUGCAGGUUUUUGUGUAAAUUGGCUUGGAAGAAGAUGAUGCAAAGCAGACUACUAAGAUUGUCAUGAUAAUCAUAUAAUAUGAUUUGAUUAAAUAUGACGUAAGGAUCCAUCAUGGCCAACUACAAGCAAUUUGAGAAUGUCAUCCACGAAGUUGCACAUUGUUCCUUUACUGCUUAUUUGAUGUACAUAGUUAGAGGUGCCCGAAGGGGUUCAAAGUAGUUGCUUUCUUAUAUUGAGUUAAUUCUAGCCGGAAUGUAGCUUUUGUCGCCAAAUAUUAGUUGUGUAGUUUGGUUUACCUUGUAUUCUUAAGUUGAUAUCUUGUGUCCUGCCUGUGUUAUUAGUUGAAAAAAACUCAAAACCAUCAAUGUUACCACGACCCUGUUGUAUAA